AUGAGUAGUAUCGCUUCCAAGGGCGUCCUCGUGGUGGACUCUCUGAACUGUAACCGUAGUUGUGUGCCCAACAUUCCUGAAUUGGGCCACCUCCCUAUUGUGCGCAGGACAAGGUCACUAUUGAGAAGAACCCCGAGGCUCCGCAGAAUCACACUCCUCAUCUACCUCAAGUUCCUCAUGAUCUCGAUGGUGUUCUUCGGCAUCGAGCUCAACACCGGGCGAUUCACCAUCAACCCCUUCCUGUACAUGUCAGUCAUGGGGGUCAUGGAUCUACCUGCCUAUACCCUCAUGGCCCCCAUUCUGGUUAGGCUUGGGAGGAAGGGCCCGCUCGUCGUGUGCUUUUUCAUCAGCGGUGCCAUUAUUCUAGGACUGGCCUUCGUCGCCCCAAACGCAGGGUGGUUGGUGACACUCUUGGCCAUGGUCGGGCAGCUGUGCGUGACAUCGGCUUUCCAGGUCCUGCGUCUCUACAGCACUGAGCUCUUCCCUACAGAGGUGCGGAUGAGAGGCCUGGCCACUGGGAUCUUCUUCUUUCACGCCACCACCAUGCUGUGCCCGACCAUUAGCGAGAAGAUUGGACCCGGCAAACCCUGGGCGCCCUCCCUGGUCUUUGGUCUGGCGGCCUUCCUCGCUGGUCUCGCAACUCUCCCCUUGCCAGAGACGGGGCGGGUUCUCCUUCCAGACACAGUUGCAGAUCUGGAGACCACGCAAGAUGUUAGCAUGAACAGAUCGGAUGGAAGUGUCACAGAAGAGACAGAAAUGGCAAAACUCCGUGCCUAGUGUGAUGCCCUGACCUGCCCUGUCUGAAUACUAGUGACCCGUUGCAAGUUGCAGUCGGUUUCUCCAUCCAAAGCAAUGCCAUUUCAGUAUGCUGUGGUGUCUCUGUGUAUAUGUAUGUAUCUGGGCGUGCAUGUAUGUAAGUAUGCGUAAGUAUACAUGUAUCUGUCUUUACAUCAGGAGAUCUACAGUGCCAAUGUUUGAAUGAUUUUGUACAUCUUUUGAUUUUUUUUUCAUAUGUAUAGAUAUGCAACAAAACCUUUAUUGUGUAAAUAGUGAUAAAUAAAGUUUUUACAUGAAAAA